UACACCGGGAAAUCUAUUUCAAGCCGCACUUCGUACACGCACGUACGUACGCACACACAUACAUACAUAUAUAGAUCUGUAUGUAUGUAAAAUCAGCCGGUUGUAUUUAUUUCACACGAAAUACUCUCAAGAUUUGCACUGUUUAUAAAGAGAUGUUUACUUCCAGCCGCUUCCAGUGAUGUUAGACACGUGCCCCUUCGUGCUGGGUUCAUCGCAGGAUUAUUUAAACUAUUAUUAUUAUGAUCGUGGUGUAGAUGUGAUUUUUCUGUAGAAAAAAACAUGAAAAUAAAUUGGGACAGAGCACCACCAGAUGCCAAAGAACUGCAGCAUUUCUUUACAGAGGAAAGUUUUAAGGAAUGGUCUGCUCCAUGUGACUUGACAGAUAAAAUUGUAACAAAGUUCAAAGAACUUGGUUCAUUCCAUGAAUUUUAUUGGCAGAAAGCCAACGCUGUUGAUUCCAGUAAAUUGGUUAAUGCUGAUGUUUAUUGUGAGCAGUCCCAGAAGCCAUCCGGUGCUGUGCAGUUGGCUUGUAACACCAACCAAAUGACUAAGGUUCAAUCUGCAGCAGAUGCACUUCAAAGUACUUGUCAGAAAACCGACAUUUCACCUGUCAAAUCUCAAAAUGUAGAACUUCUUCACCACAAAGAUUGGCACGUCCCUUACCCAAGGAUUUCAUGGUUCACCAAAUCCGAACAAGCAUUUUAUGUCCAACAUUUCCUGUAUUUCAAGAACCACAAAAAACUCGAUGAUAAGGCCCUUUCCAAAUAUACUGAAUUAGCUAAAAUGCAUCAGAGAGUCCAUCUCGAACAAGAGGAAUUCAUGGAUUAUUUGAAGCUGGUCAGUCUGAAGUUUAAAGAACACUAUGCAUUCUUGCCACCUGUGGCACAAAGAUACAUGCAGGAGAAAUAUGAGGUUGAUCUUGCCCGUCUCCAUUCCUGUGAUCAGUUUUACAUAACUUUCGACAAAGUUCCAAUAUUUUCCAACAAGGUGACAAGUCAUAAAUUUUGUGACAGUAAAACUGUGCUUGAAAUGGGAAAUGUUCCAGCCUGUUUGCUGACAAACAAAAAGAAUAAACCUAAAACAGUUUUAGAUUAUAAACAUCUGACAUCACGUUAUCCAAUCCACCAGAAGACACCAGGUAAACAUGAUUCCAGUUGGUGCCACCAGGUUUGCAGUGAGGACCAAAAUGCUGAAGAAUUAGCCAAGAAAUACCAAUGUGAUAUUGUCGUUUCAUCAAGUGUUUUGAAUUGUCUUGUGAGAAACCAUUCCCCUGGUUUCAAGAACAAUUGGGACAUUUCUGUCAUCAUAAAGAAUUACAACCUGCCAGGACCCGAGGGGGAAUUCCAGCACAAAGUUGUCUACUUGAAUAAACCCUUUUAUCACUCAUUAAACACUCGUGAAAUAAACUCGAGGUUUCACAAGAUCUCACUUGCAAGUAAAAUUCUAUAUCCACAUCAUAUGACAUGUUUUUCUUUUAAUUCUUGCAACGGAGAUAACAGCGAUGUUGAUGUUGAUGUAACAGAAUUGGAAACGUUUGGCAUUGGCCAAUCUGUAAAGAAAACCUACGAGAAAGACAAACGCAAAGAACCACAAACACAAAGUACUUUGGCUCAAUCCUCUAACGACAAAACUACUGAAACUGCCCAGAAUCUGUCUCCUACGAAGACUUUACCUCUUAAUAAAGAUUUAAAAACCACAAACGAAAUCAGUGGAAGUUCAUCUGCAAUUUCCUCAGAGAAAGCAGUUCAUUUAGAAAUAUCUGAACCCCUUACAGAUCAUUUGGUUUCUCCUAGCAAAGAUUGUUGCAGUUUUACUUCCACUUCUACCGACAGGAGACACCCACUGGUGCCAGCCUGUCAUUACUUUCCAGAAGAAUCUACAUCAGCGUCUGAAGACAGUGAUCAUUCUUCUCACUUGAUCAUAAUUACCGACGACAACACAGAUUUGGAUAAAAGUAUUGACAAGACCAAAUGUGGGGAGAUGGCUGAUGCUGUAUCUAAGAUUAUUUCAGAUUCCUGUAUUUCGGUAAGAAAAACUGUGAGUGCAACACAGACGUCAGCAGUUACAGUCAUACCACCACCACCAUCAUUAUCGACAUUACCAGUGCAAGAAGACAUUGCAGAGAUACCACUCCAAGACGCUCUAGAUACACCACUUCAAGACAGUGUGGAGACAUCACUGCAAAACAUUGUGGAAACAUCACUUCAAGAUAGUGUGGGUGCAGCGCAGAAAGACACUGUGGAGAUAGUGCUGCAAGAGUCUGUAGAAGUACCACUCCAAGAUAGUGUGGAGACACUACAAGACACUAAUGAGGCACCACUACAAGAUUCUGUAGAGACUCUGUUGGAAGACACUGGGAAGAUAUCACUACAAGACAGUGUGGCGAUACCACUUCAAGACAUGACAAAGGCACUUCUACAAGACAGUGAAGAAGCUUCUUUGCAAGAUAGUAUGGAAACACCGUUCCAAGACACAGCUGAAACACUGCUCCAAGAUGCUGCAGAGACACCUCUGCAAGAUUCUGUGGAUGCACCACCACAUGACCUUGUACAGACAUCACUACAAGACAGUAUGGAGACACCACUGCAAGACAUAAGUGAGACACCAUUCCAAGACCUCACAGAACCACCUGUGAAAGACACGCCAUCAUCACCUGACAGCAGUGAAAGAUCUUAUCUUCAUAGUUUGCCAUUUCUGGAGAAAGAAAUGAAAAUUAUUCCCACAGAAUCUGAUGGCAAUGUGUUUGUCUUCCAAGAUGUUCCCAAACAGAAUUCUUCUCCUGUUAAAUCCAUGUUAACGAGUGUACCUGAUGAACCUUCACAGUUCUCCCAUCCUAUAAGAAAUGACAAUAUUUCCUAUACUGUUUGGAAUUUUGGUGAACUUAGAAUCUUGGUUCGCUCCAGGUAUCACGCAGUGAAAAGCAAAAACAAACAGAAGAAGACUUUUCUUCAUCUUUUACCGAAGUUGGAAUAUCAAAGCAAGUGUGGUUAUGAAGAGACAACCCAAGACGAACUGAGCAAAAUGUGGAUUUCUUCUCUUAUUAGAAAAGAAAUUCCAGUUUUGAAAGUUCGGAUUGAUGCUUUUACUUCAGAAAUAUUGAUGUAUGAAACAUGCAAUUUCCAGAAAAUUCUGCAGAAAUUCAAUCCUGUCCAUUGCAAUACAUUUCUCUACAACAUUUUCUGCAAAUUUCACAGUUUAAAAUCUUCAAGAUAUCUGCUGAGUCAUUGUGCUGGAGAGACCAGUUGUAUAAUAAGCGAAGCUGUUUCAAAUCGUCAUACCAUAUUAAAUUGCUCUGACCUCUACCAGAAAUACUCCAAGAAUAUCAAUGCUGCACACCCACUCAAUGUGCCAUGGAUUCCACUUGAUACACAACUGUUGACACCUUAUCAUAUUAGUAAUGGACGGAUCCCGGCAACAUUUAAUCCGAAAGGUAAAAGAAAAUGGAAGAAGAAGAAUGUUGCAACGUCCUCACAAAAAAGUGAGAAGAAAGCAAAGAGGUCCUGAUGUAAAUAUCACGAGAAUAAAAACUAUAAAUUCUCCAACUCAAAACUGUUUACAGAUCAUAACCAACUGAUGAGCACAGGUUUGUGUGGAGCUGGUGACACGGACAGGGUACCUGUGGUAGUGACAUGUAAACGGCACCUGUGCCAGUAAUGCAUUAAAAGUACCCAUGAUGGUGACACAUAGAAGGUACCCUUGCUGGUCACAUGUACAAGCCUACCCGAGCCGGCGAUAUGUAAAAGCAUCCAGUACACUCAGCAGAGUGGUUGGUAUUACAAAGGGCAUCCAGCCAAAACAGACUGGGGUAUGGUGCAACUCUCUGGCUUACCAUCUCUAGCCAAACCGUCUAACCCAUGCCAGCAUAGAAGAUGGACACUAAAUGAUGAGGAUGCAGAAAUGAAGCAAACUAAAAUCAACAACAGCAACAACAACAACGACAACAAGUAACUGAAUCAAUGGUAAAAUCACUUACAUGUGUGUAGGAACAACAACCCCAGACGCCAGUGUUCAUGGCACAACAAGUGUCAUUUUCAGAGCAUGAACUGUUGUCAGGACACAGAGUAUCCUUCACAAGAGGCAGUGCCGCUGCUUCUGAUGGUGCCAAAUUGCCGC